UACACACACUGGACCGAACAUCUCAUUGCAGACCCAUAUGUGCAGCUCAUACACUGGAUUUUCGCAUCCACUGAGGUGAAAGUCCUGCUUCUGUGCGUCAACAGCGCGCGGGGCUACGCUUUAAAGGAUUUGAAACCAAAUACUCGUAACUGAACUGUUUUUACAAUGAUUGAAGUUUCGAUACCUUCAAUGGAGCAAGAGGAAGAUGAGGCGGGGAAGACCAAAAAACUUUUCAGGGUGGAGGUCUUGUUCAAUGGGAGAAAACAUUUUGUCCUGAGGAAGACCAGCGAGUUCCAAACUCUGCACAGAAAACUGAGAAAGGUGAUCCAGACUCCAGACUUCCCAAGUAAAAGAAACCAACAUUUAAGAACCAAACCUCCAGAGCAGAGAAGACAGGAGCUCGAGGACUAUAUACAGAACAUUAUUUAUCAGAAUGAAGAUGUGCCUCAGGUUUUGUUGGACUUUCUACAUCUCAAACACUUCCACACAGGGACCAAGGCCUACAGCAUGGAAUCUCUUGAUGACCUUGACAGUCAAGAAGGAAGUUAUCAGUUUCCACAGCAGCGCGCUCUGGCCUUCUACCGUGACCCGUACCUCUCCGAUUACUCCUCAGACCUGCCUGACGUGGUGGUGGACGGCGUCUUACAGGGAUUUUACACCCGAGAAGUCCGAGUCAGUUUUCGAGACCCCACUCCACCGCUGCUUUAAUAUACAACAAAUCUGUUUUAUUCUUUCACAUGGACUGCUUUUGGUUUGUAGUUUUGUAGUAUGUUUUUCAUUUGUAACUAGAGGUACAUAAAACUUUGACUAAUCAGCCGUAGCAUUAUGACAACUGACAGGUGAAGUGCCAUACAGACUUGUUGAUAAUAGUAGAAGCAGCUGAAUUCAGUAAGGAUUUGUUACAUUUCAACAAAUUGUAUUGACUAGACUACUGGGUCAGAGUAUUUCAGAUAUUGGUCUAGUUCUGAUUUAGUACAGCUUUCCUGGUCUACAUUGGUCAGUAUCUAUGGUGGUGCUUUAGUCCUGGUUUAGACCUGGUUUAGACCUGGUUUAGAUCUGGUUUAGACCUGGUUUAGACCUGGUUUAGACCUGGUUUAGACCUGGUUUAGACCUGGUUUAGACCUGGUUUAGUUGGUGUACAUCUGCAACCACACUACUGCAUCUUAAGUUACUGAAGUAGCUUAAUUUUUCCUGUGGCCUUAAAUAUUUCUAGGAGUCAUUUUAACUUAUUUUUAGUUGAAUCUAAAUGUAGUAUUUUAUUAGACGGGGUACAGUGUGUGGAAAAUGAACAUAUGACUGUGUUUAAUAUUUGUUAAGAGACACUGGAUAUUUUUUUAGUGAUUCAGUUUCACUUUUUAGAUGGCUGUUUUAUUCCUUUUGAGCUGACACAAAGAGUUAUGGACCAGCCUCACUUGUAGAGACAUAUUUUUAUAUUGCCUUUUUUACUUUAAUUGUAAGAAUUUGAGUGAAUUUGAACACCUCCUGUAUUAUGGUUCAUAUUAAACUGGGAACAAUCAACAAAGACUUGUCCAUUUUCUUUUUACUAAUUUAACUUUUAGUAAAAUUUUACAUUCACUAAAUUA